AACUGGUGGAACACCCAUUCAUUUCGAAUUUUGAUAGAAGAUAGCAGUAAUCGCCCUUUGAUUUCUUUUCCAUCAGUUUCCUAAACAUGGACCAGGAGUACGAUUACGUUAUCCUUGGCACAGGACUGAAGGAAUGUAUUUUGAGUGGUCUGUUGUCCGUAAAUGGGAAAAAAGUUCUUCAUAUGGAUCGCAACUCUUACUACGGAGGAGAAAGCACAUCCAUGCAUCCCCUCGAUGAGUUGUUCAAGAGAUUCGGGGAAUCCGAAGGCCCGGACGACAGCUUUGGCAAUAGCCGUGACUGGAAUGUUGACUUGAUUCCCAAGUUUUUGAUGGCAGAUGGCGGCCUUGUCAAGUUGCUGGUUCAUUCGCAAGUGACGCGUUACUUGGAGUUCAAGCAGAUUGAAGGAAGCUAUGUUUUCCGUGGUGGAAGCGUCUACAAGGUUCCUGCCGAUGACAAGGAAGCUCUCUCCUCUAGUCUGAUGGGAAUCUUCGAGAAACGACGGUUUCGAUCCUUCCUUCUCUUUGUUCUGAAGUACAACGUCGAAGACCCAACCACUUGGAACGGCAUCGACCCGAAGACUUCCACCAUGAAAGAUGUAUAUUCCAAGUUUGGUCUCGAUCAGAACACUCAGGACUUCACAGGCCAUGCCAUCGCUUUGUAUCUCGAUGAUGACUACAAAACAAAGCCGUGUGGGGAGCCUCUUCAGCGCAUAAAACUGUACUAUGAUUCUUUGUCUCGCUACGGUAACAGCCCCUAUUUGUAUCCUCUUUACGGACUUGGCGAAUUACCACAGGGGUUUGCCAGAUUGUCGGCUGUGUAUGGGGGAACAUACAUGUUGAAUAAGCCAGUGGAAGAAAUUGUCAUGGAGAACGGCGUUGUCUGGGGAGUGAAGUCAGAAGGAGAGGUUGCGAAAACGAAAGCUGUUAUCGCCGAUCCUUCGUACUUUCCCGAGAGAGCUGUGGAAGUGGGAAAGGUUGUUCGAUGCAUUUGUAUUCUGUCUCACCCAAUUCCUAAUACAAACGAUGCAAAAUCCUGCCAGUUGAUCAUUCCCCAGAAUCAAGUCGGCCGAAAAUCAGAUAUCUAUGUGUGCUGUAUGUCUCAGACUAAUUCAGUCACCCCGAGAGGUAAAUACUUGGCCAUUGUUAGCACCCAAAUUGAGACAGAGGAUCCUCCAUCAGAAUUACAGCCAGGCUUGAAUCUUCUUGGCAAGAUUGACAAGAAGUUCAUAUGGAUCAGUGACAUGUUUACACCUAAAGAUGAUGGUAAAGAAAGUCAGAUUUUCAUUUCAAAGUCUUACGAUGCAACAACCCAUUUUGAAACUGUCUGUGACGAUAUCAUGGAUAUGUAUGAGAGGAUCACAGGAGAGAAGUUUGACCCUAGCUUAAUAUCUUUAGAGGGUGUUAAAGUUGAAAAUUAAUUUCUUACAAUAAUUUCAUUAUUGUAUUGCAACAACUUUUGAGAUGCCAUUCCCAACCAAGUGAUAAUUAUUUCAUAUUUUUUCAAAUGGAUAUUGACAGUGAGGCUAAUUUUAAGUGACUGCAAUUAAAUUCAAGUAAAGAAGGGUCUCAAAGGGUGAUGGCUUUUAUGGCUAACAGUUAAGAAUAUUUGGCAAUCUUAUGGAUAACAGUAAAUUUCUUUCUAUUGAGAAUAAAAGAACAAUUUUGAGGGUUAACUUUUUUAAUAUUAAUGGUUAAAAUUUGUCAAUAUUUAGGCCUAACUGCUAAACUUUUUUUCGCCAUUUUACAGCUUACAGUUAACCCCACUGAGACCCUUGCAAAGGAUAGCAGUGAAAGCCUCUCACUCCCAAAAUCUCAUUUACAAUUCUCCUCACUGUCUGCCAUACAGUUCUUAUGAUGUUUCAUAUGAGAAUUUGAUA